AUGGCAUCUUUGGCUGCAUCGACAACAACCUUUUCAAUGCUGUUCCGUGUAAUGACGAACGUUCUAUUUGUGAAAUUGGUUUCGUGUCGUUUGGAAUCAUUACCCGAUGAUUUAUCGGAACGACAAUCUCUGGCUGAGUGUAUUUCCAAAGCAUCGGAUAUCUACUUCCUCGAAAACGAGAUCAUUACGUUAUCACUAGCUACAAGCACUGCAGACUAUAUGAAGUCGCCUCUAGUAUUGGAUAGAUUGCUGCUCUACGAGCUCUUCAAUAAAACGAAAUGGUCCAUUUUGGUGAAGAAACCUAAUCAAAUUAUCAAAGUGAAAUCGAUCCACUCUAUAGAGUAUAAAAAAUCGGAUUACUACAUUAUCCAAAUUAGGACGUUGCAGGAGGUCGACCAGGAUUUGGACCAUCUGAAGCAUCAUCCUUCAUGGAAUCCCCAUGCCAGAUUCAUGAUUAUAUCAGUAACUUAUUUUAACCAUCGCAUGUCCGCAGUGGCAGCUGUUAUUAAAAAGCUUUGGGAUUUGGAUAUACUCAAUGGAGUUAUACUUUUUUCCAAUAAUAAUCGCAGCACUGUAUUCAACGUCUACUCUUGGUUUCCUUUUGCCAACGGAAGAUGCGGCGAUAACUUCAAUCAAAUCCAAUUAAUAACCACUUGCAGGUUUGGUAUUUUCGAUAAUGAUAACGAUUGGUUCCCAGAGAAGAUUCCGCAUGAUUUAAAUGCUUGUCCGUUUAAUGUAAGAACUUUAGUUUUUCCUCCAUUCGUUAUGGAACCUGAGAAUAAUGAAAACGGAAGCUGCGUAUUCAAAAAUGGGUUGGAAAUACGCUUACUUGAUUUAGUAGCUGAAGUGGCCAAUUUUACUACAAAGUAUAGCAUAUCUGGGAAUUUAAACGACUGGGGUACUAUUCAUGUUAAGGAUAAUACUAUUUCCAGUUUGCUAAUCCAAGGUAAAAUGGAUCUUGGAGUAGGUUCGAUGUCAGCAACAGUUGAUAGGCACUUCGAACUGGAUUGGACUGGUUCGUAUUUUUUGGAUGCUUUAGGGUUUUGCGUUCCACAUGCUGAAGAGAAGCCUCAAUGGAAGAAGCUUUCUGGAAUAAUGCAUGGUCAUGUUUGGAUGGCAAUAGGCGCUUCAAUUAUUAUCACAAUCAUAACCACUUACAGUUUUAGCCGUAGAUGUACUUGGAGCAACGAAUUUACCACUUACAAGACGUACUUUGGGGCUUCCCAGAAAGUCCUUGCAAUUUUCUUAACCAAUUCUAUCAAUCGUCUACCAAAAACCAUCAACGUUAGGAUCAUCAUCAGCGUGUGGAUAAUAGUUAGUUUCUUCUUAACCACAGCUUAUCAAACUUGCUUGAUGAGCUCUUUAACUAAACCAGAUUAUGAGCCGCAAAUUAAAACAAUCUCAGAACUCCUCGAUGCAGAUAUGGAACUGCUCUUUGUCCAAGCCACGAAGAGAUAUUUUGAUUCAGAAGUUUCCACGGAGGAUUCAAAAGAAAUGUUGAGGCGUUGGAAAGAUUGCCCGAGUAUCGACGAUUGUCUACAAAGAACAGCCUACAAGAGAGACAGUGUUGUGGUAGCCUCAAGGCUGUAUACAUCCUACGCUGAAAGCGGAUACAAAAGCUCGGAUGGGUUGCCAUUGCUUUAUUGUUUUCGUCAUAGCAUUGUAACUUUCCCAAUAGUAAUUUAUAUGAGGAAAGGUUUUCCUUUGAGGGAUCGAAUUGAUAAAAUCGUGGAUAGAAUCAACUCCGCAGGAUUCUUGCAGCAGUGGGAGAAGAGCUUAUUCGCAAGGAAGAAAAUAAAUUCGAGCGAGGAAUUCCAGUAUCGGCAAGACGUUUAUUUAGGAUUGAAAUGCAACUAA